AUGUGGUACGCAAUUUUGGUUAUCGGAGCGAUUUUGAGUCUCGCGAUAAUCUGGUCAAUAGUGCAGAAGAAUAGCUUCUCGAAAAGCAUUGAUGUGGUACAACCGUGGUAUCCUCUAGUUGGUAAUCUGCUCAUGAUCAUAGGAAAGGACGAUCUGCAAAAAUUUCAGAUCAUUGCACAAGAAUUCAAUCGUGAAGCUAAGUUGUUCCGGUGCUACAUGGGUCCCAUGCUGAUGUUUUGCACUGGAGAUCCCGACAUGGCUAAGCAAAUAUUGACCGACCCCAAUUGUUUUGAUAAACCGUACCUCUACGAUUUCUUAAUAAUGAAAAAAGGACUGCUUGCGGCAAAAACACAUCUUUGGAAAGACCAGAGAAGGGCGGUUUUACCUGCUUUCAAUACGAGAAUUCUGGCCAGUUUCUUGUCAAUUUUCACUAACCGAUCCAAGAAUAUGAUAAGGAGACUGGAAUCGGUGGCAGCUACUGGGGAAACGUUUAAUAUCUUACAUUAUGCUACCACAUGCGCGUUGGAAAUGGUUUGUGAAACGACAAUGGGUUUCAAUUCGAGCGUUUUUGACAAUACUGAUGAAUUUUCUACUGCAAUUGAACGUGCACUUUUCAUUGCAUCAAGAAGAGCGUUGAGGUAUCAUUAUCAUUUAGAUUGUAUUUAUCGUUUGUCUGAGGGCUAUCGUGAAGAACGAACUGUACGUGAAUAUUUGACAGCUCACGUGAUGCAGGUCUACAAUGAUGCACACGAUCGAUACUCGAAAGGUUUAAUGAAUAAUGCUGCUGAUGUUGAUGAGAGUCAAUUUUUUCGAAAGCCACAAAUUUUCAUCAACGAAUUAUUCACCAGCACCAUUCGGAAAUUCGAACGAGAGGAAAUAAUCGACAAUAUUCUAACCAUGAUGGUUGCUGGAACGGAAACUUCGGCCAACGCUAUAGCGUUCACCUUGCUACAAUUGGCAAUGGACUCGCACUACCAGCAAAAAGUGUACGAAGAAAUCAUGCAAGUUUUUCCCGGAAAGGAACCGAACAUCACCAUGGAGGGGUUGAGACAACUUCAACUAACGGAAAUGGUGCUGAAUGAGACCCUUCGUCUGUAUCCGGUAGUACCACUUGUGAUGCGUAAAAAUUCCGCCGAGAUGACUCUUUGCGGCCAGAAGCUGCCCAAGGGAUACACGUUCCUUGUCAACAUCUUCACCAUUCAACGACGCAAAGACCUUUGGGGGCCCGAUGCGGACUGCUUCAAUCCUGAGCGGUUUUCACCGGAAAGGUCAGCUGGGAGACACCCUUUUGCAUUUAUGGCAUUCAGUGGAGGAUCCAGGAAUUGUCUAGGAAAUCGUUAUGCGAUGAUAAGUAUGAAAAUAAUGCUGGUUUAUCUGAUGAAGAGCUUUCGGUUCAAAACCAAUAUUCGACAGGAAGACAUUCGCUUUCGAUUCGACUCAGUUUUGCGCAUAGAAGGAGGUCAUAUGAUACAAAUAGAAAAACGAUAGAUUCUGAACAAUCAAAUUGUUAAUGUGUCUUCUGAUUUCCAAAUACGGUAACAGUUUGCACCAAAUAAAGUUGA